GCCGUAAAGCGAAAUAAAAUGUUGGUUUUCACAACGGUAUAACACGAGAAGUUUUUCACAACAGUUAGUCAGUUUACGGUGUUUGGUUGCAUGAGGUUGACAGCGAGGAGUUGUAGCAAGGGCUGAGAAAAUGAAGAGGCCAAAAUUGAGAAAGGCAAGCAAACGUAUUACUUGUCGGAAGAAAUACAAGAUACAAAAAAAGAUUCGAGAACAUAAGCGAAAGUUGAGGAAAGAAGCAAAGAAACAUGGACACACAAGGCCAAAGAAAGCUAUGCAAGUUCCAAAUGAAGCCCCUUUCAAAGAGGAAGUUCUUCGUGAAGCAGAGCUGAGAAAGCAGAGGCUUGAAGAACAAAAAGAGAAGCAGAAGCUUGCCCGGCAGAAAGAAUUGGAAAAGAAAAGGAAACUCAAGACAGCCGUGAAAGAUCCCACCGUGACCAAGAAGGAGUCUUCUACGAAGCAAGUAAAGAAAGUCCACAAUCCGUACAGUAGGAGCUCCAAGAAGUCCUUCUGCAUUGAACUUAAAAAGGUCCUUGCUGAGUCUGAUGUGUUGCUGGAAGUCCUUGAUGCCAGAGAUCCUCUUGGCAGCAGAUGUCCUCAAGUAGAAAAAGCAGUUUUGGAGUCUUAUCGAAAAAAGAAGAUAGUGCUUGUAUUGAACAAAAUUGACUUGGUUCCAAAAUACAAUGUACAGCAAUGGUUGCAAUAUUUGAAAAAGGAAUUCCCAGUUGUGGCUUUUAAGUCUUCUACACAGCUGCAAGAUAAGAACAUGCGAGAGAAAAAAAUGAGGCUGAGUGGUGUUGAUGUCUCGAAAGGUAACACUUGUGUUGGAAGAGAUUCUUUACUGAAACUGCUUCAGGAACUUUUUAGAAUCCAGGGUUAUGAGAAAUCGAUGAAGGUUGGAGUCCUAGGAUUUACAAAUGUAGGAAAGAGCAGCAUCGUUAACAGCAUGAAACAGAUUCGUGCUUGCAAUGUGGGACUGAUGAGAGGCAUUACAAAACUUGUGCAAGAAGUUCACAUUGACAAGCAGAUUAAGAUGCUUGAUAGCCCAGGCAUAAUUGCCUUACCAUCAAACCCAAAAUCUGUCUUUGCGCUGAGGAACACGACUGAUGUUGAGAAGUUGGAUAAUGUGAUAGAAGCUGCAAGUGCCAUCUUGAAUUGCUGCAAUAAACAGCAUAUUAUGCUUCGUUAUAAUGUUCCAAACUUCAGGAAUAGUUUAGAAUUUUUCACAAUGCUGGCUGAAAAGAGAGGUGCUCUGAAAAAAGGAGGCAUCCCUGAUGCAGAACAAGCAGCAAAGCUGUUGCUUUAUGAUUGGACUGGAGGAAAAGUGAGUUAUUAUUCAGCAGUCCCAGAAGCCUAUAAAUUGCCUUCUCAUCUAAGUCUAGAGAUGGUUGAAGAAAACCAGAAAAGUUUCAGCCUAGGAAACUUGGAACAGGAUAACUUCACUACUUUGAGAACUGUACAGUGCCCUAAUAUAGCUAGUAGUGUGGCUUUCCAGUCUGCUGGGCUUACUGUAGGAGCUGUAGAUGAGAAUGAUGUUGAAGUGGAAGAGCCAGAGGGAGAGGUUUUGGAGUCUGAUCAAGAUGAUGAUGAUGAUGACAACGUUGAAGAUGAUGGUACUGAAGAGGAAGAACAUGCUGACGUGGGUACUGAUCAGGAUAUGGAAUCUUCUGGCUCUGAACAUCAAGAUGAUGAGAUGGAAGAGCCUGAAAUUCUUCCACAUGCACCGAAUCGUAAGAAGAUUGCAGGUGAUAAAAUGUCAUCUAGACCCAGUAGGGCAGCUGCAUCAAGUACAACAAAGCUAUCAUCAGAUAAACGGGCUUCUGCAGAGACCAAAGCAAGAUCGAUACUUGUAAAUUUUUCUACAUCGGCACAAGAUGAUGAUGCAUACGACUUCAACACAGAUUUUAUUUGAAAGUGCAGUAAUCAAAUAAGAUAGUUUUUCUCUGUAAUGGGAAUAGCGAUCAUCUUUUAUGCAAGAUCUGUUUUUGCAGUUCUGAACUGAGAACACCUGAACUUCAUGUACAUAGUGUAUGUACUACUUGUAAUAUUAAAACUCUGCUGCUUUUCUUCUCUGUAAAUUGUAAAUAUGUAUAGAGUACAAUGUACUGCAAAUGUUGAUAUUUUUCACUUAGAGCAUUGCAUUACAAUCUGCUGGAAUAAAAUGUUUUAUUUUUAA